AUGUAUUCAUCAAUACAAUCUUAUCUCAGACAGCGUCAGUAUCCCCGCAGUCCAUGUCGGUCGCCCUGCAGUGAUCAGCGGCAGCAACAGUCAUGCGAGAAGAAUCGGAAGCAGCAGCAGCAGCAGCGACGGCCGACCGACCAACUGGCGGUCACCGCACACAUCGCCGCCGCCGGUCACGCAGCCGCCGUUGUCCGAGUGCCAGCAACCGCACAACAAAGCGAGAAUCGUCGAGUUGACGGACGACGCGCUGCUCGGGACGUUGGCCGCGGACGGUUACCGGCUGGGCAAAACGCUGGGCUACGGGUCGUACAGCAAGGUCCGGAUAGCCACAAAGUCGCUGCCGGACAACAAAAUGGUGCGGUUGGCGCGCGAGGUGAUCGACAAGAGUCGCGGGACCCUACAGGGGCCGUACGUGCACAAGUCCCUGCCGGGGGAGCUGAAAGUGUUGCGCGCGGUCCGGCACCCGCGCCUGGUCAGAACCCACCGGAUAUACUCGACCCCGUCCACCGUGCACGUGUUCAUGGACUACUGCGGGUCCGGUGACCCGCUCAAACAUUUGCAAACCUCCAAGAGCACGCCGCAGUGGCAGGCGCACACGUUUUUCAAGUGAGCCCGACCUCUUUGAACCCUUGGUCCAAAUGAUCCGGCCGGUGGGUCGGUCUCGGGGAUCCGGGAAUAGCCGCGGAGGAGGAGAGGGUACUAAGAGGAGGACGGAUUGUCCAAGACCUAUUAUAUAAUAAUAACCGGGCGUACCGACCGCGGCGUACUGUCACGAUACAAGACUCGACGUUCAAUUAUAAUAACUGUUAUUGCGUAUAUUUCGUUGUUUUAAAAACGUGUGUAUCGUAUCGGUGCAGGCAGAUACGCGACGCCGUGGAUUAUCUGCACAAGGAGGACGUAUCGCGCAGGGACAUAAAAUGCGAGAACGUGCUGUUGGAGGACAUGUGGCACGUCAAGCCGGCCGAUUUCGGAUUCGCCAGGAUGUGUUCAGACGAGCGGGGCCGGCGACUGAUGCGCCGGACGUAUUACGGCAGUAUGUGGUACGCGGCGCCGGAAGUGCUCCAAGUGCGUAUAGUAUACCCGUGUACUUACGCCGCGCGUUUCCGUUACAAUUUAACACGCUGAAUUUUUUUGGCGAAUUUUUCCUAUUCCGUUUUCCAGGGCAUACCGUAAGAUCCGAAAGCCUACGACGUGUGGGCGCUCCGUAUCCGCACAACAACCGCCAGCAGAUCGUGGCUAA